UGAUAUGAAGGCGGCAGUAGCUGCUCAUCACUCCCUCUCUGCUUGUGCUUCUGAAUCUAGACUUUGUGUGCAGGUGCAAUGGACAUCAAAGAUGACAGUUCCGUAUUGACUGCAGAAGUAAGUUCUCUGCUGGAUUUACCAAUAUGCAGUGCUGUAGAUGACUCUUCAGUGUUGAAUGAACAAACUUCACAUCCACUGAAAGUCUACUUGAGAAUCAGACCUUUUUCAAAAACAGAGCUUGCAAACAAUGAAUCUCAGGAUUGUGUGACUGUUGAAAACUCAGAAUUGGUUUCUCUUAGUGCUCCUAAAGACUCCUCUGCAAUGAAAAACUCUGAAAGGGGAAUUGGACAAUCAGUACACAAAUUUACUUUCACAAAGAUAUUUGGACCAGAUACAGCACAGGCAGAGUUUUUCGAUGGCACAAUGAAAGAUCUAGUGAAUUCUUUCACCCAAGGGCAGAAUGGGCUUGUGUUCACAUAUGGAGUCACCAAUGCUGGGAAAACCUUUACAAUACAAGGAACUCCAAAAGAUGGUGGUAUACUUCCUCGUUCACUUGAUGUGAUUUUUGGUCAUAUCCGAGGUCACCAGUAUACGAAGAUGAAUCUAAAGCCCUAUCUUGGCAAUGAUGUGAUGAAGCUAGACCCUGCACAAGUCAAGCAGGAGGAAACCACAAAAGCGGCUUUCCUAUCCAGCCUGAAAGAGGAUGGCAUGAAGACUGUUUCAAGUUCAGGAAAUCUUCGUAACCUGGCCUCUAGUAAUGAAGCUUCAUAUGUAAAAGAUGGAGAAGGGGAAAAUCAUCAGUUCUCUGCAUGGGUAUCGUUCUUUGAAAUCUACAAUGAGUAUGUCUAUGACUUGCUAGAUCAGUUCCCCACAUCAAAAAACCAAAAGAGGGCAGCCUUGAAAAUAUGUGAUGACCAAGCUGGCAUCUCUUAUGUAAAAGAUCUAAAGUGGCUCAAUAUCACCAGUACAGAGGAGGCAUGUAAGAUACUGCAAAUUGGGAACAAAAAUCGAAGCCUGGCAUCUACUAAAAUGAACCAGCAGUCUAGUAGAAGCCACAGUAUAUUUACAUUUCGGCUCCUAAAAUUAAGCAAUGGUGAUGAUCCCAGUGUUCUUGCCGUGUCAGAAAUGUCACUUUGUGACCUGGCUGGAUCUGAGCGCUGCAAUAAAACACUAACUGUUGGAGACAGAUUGAAAGAAGCAGGAAACAUAAAUAAUUCUCUGCUCAUCCUUGGAAAAUGUAUUGCAGCUCUGAAACACAGUCAGAACCCCAAAAAAGCAAGCUAUGUUCCCUUCAGGGAAAGCAAGCUAACGCGGCUAUUCCAACCCUUCUUUUCUGGUAAGGGGAAGGCUUGUAUGAUUGUCAACAUCAAUCAGUGUGCCUCUACAUAUGACGAAACCUUACAUGUUAUGAAGUUUUCUGCUGUUGCUAAACAAGUUGUCCAGAUAAUUCAGCCCAGAAGUUUUGAUUUCAUUGCGCCGAGAAUAAUUGGAAAAGAUGGCAAAAUCAUCACAGCGAUUGAUUGUGAUAUAUCUAUUGAAGACCUUCUUUCUGAAGAUGAGGAUGAAGAGAUGGACGUGACUGUUAUGAGUCCAGAGGAUCUUUUGCGAAAGAUUGAAGAGUUGAAGGAAAAGCUCAUGAAUGAAAGACAAAACAAACUGCUUUUGGAGCUGCAGAUCAGAAAGGAGAUGGGGGAAGCCAUGUAUCAGCAGAUGGUUCAUCUUGAUGAGACUUGGAGUAAAAGGCUUGAAGACUUUAAAGAAACAACCGAGGAGCAACUAGAAAGCAGACUAGAAAUGUACCAGAAAGCCAUAAAGAAUCAUGCAUACCGUCAAGCAAUGGAAGACUUGGAGGAGAAUUAUGUGCCAUACGAAGAGUUCCAGGUUGAACAGGAGAAAGUAGAGGAUAGGGAUCGAAGAAUAGAAGAACUUGAGAUUGCACUUGGUCUAAAAAAAACGUCUGACGAAGCCAUUACAGAAAAGGAUUCCAUGUCCGGAGCCGUUGAAGCAUUAACCAAACGUGGCCAAGAAAAAGCCAAGACCAUUCUUGGUCUGAAGUUGCAAUUACAGAAUAAUAAAGAUGAAACUGGUUUACGCAUGAGAAGACUGGCUGAAGAAAAUGACAUGUUAAAACAGCACCUGAAAGUUAAGGAACAGGAGGUGCGAGGUCUCCAGAACCUGGCAGAACGAGCCAUUCAGCUAGAGGCUUCUGUGACAGAUCUUCAGAUCCAGCUGGAUGAAAGCAGGAAGCUUGUGUCAGAUGUAUGUGAACCAAAGCCCAAGAAGGGCCUGUUUUCUAAUCUUAGAAAUACCAUGAGCGGCACGCCAAAAAAGACUAAACCGUUGGAAAAAACAGGGGAAACCACAGGCCUAGCCAGGAAAAAACCCUUGUCUCAUAAAUGACAAAAGCAGACACUCUUCACUUUGGAGUAUUUAUUUAGCGUAUACUUGUUGCUUGUGUUUUUGUUCCUAUUUAUGUAAAUAAAACAAUGUUUUUACAA